UUCAUUCAAUACAAAGAUAAUUAAUGGCACCUUCUCCUUUAUCAUCAUAUAUAAAAUACAACCUUGCAUACUUGUUUUUGCAUCUCACAUCUCUUUAACAUCUCACAAAGAUUAUCAAAGUUUAAGCACUACAAGGACUUUCUUUCUUGCUUCUAUACAAUUGUUAGAGAAAUUCUGAAUUAUUUCAAAGAUGGAAAACAAAGUUGCAUAUGAGAAUGAUCUCAACAUGAAGGCUACUGAGCUAAGAUUAGGACUUCCAGGGACAGAACAAAAUGAAGAACAAAAAGCAAAAAUUUCCAACAAAAGACCAUUGACUGAAACUUCAAAGGAUAGUGGUUCAAAAACUUCUGAUGAUGCAGCACCUCCUUCAAAGGCUAAGAUAGUGGGGUGGCCACCAAUAAGAUCUUACAGGAAGAACAGUUUGCAAGAGGCUGAGGCUUCUGGGAUUUAUGUGAAAGUGAGUUUAGAUGGAGCUCCUUACCUUAGGAAGAUUGAUUUGAGGGUCUAUGGUGGCUAUGCACAACUCCUCAAAGCUUUGGAAAGCAUGUUCAAGUUAACCAUAGGUAAUUAUUCUGAAAAAGAAGGUUAUAAAGGAUCUGAAUAUGAACCUACAUAUGAAGAUAAAGAUGGUGAUUGGAUGUUAGUUGGAGAUGUUCCAUGGGAGAUGUUUGUGACUUCUUGCAAAAGACUAAGAAUCAUGAAAGGAACAGAAGCUAGAGGUGUUUGAGAAACAAACAAAAACAACAAAGUUAGUAUGAAAAGUGAAGUGUUUUGGUGUGAAGGGAAAAAACAAAGAACCUUUCUGCUUGUGUUAUCGGAAGAACUAAACAAAUGGAUUUUUGAAUCACUGUAGUGUAUGCUAUGCUGCUAUCAGCAUACAUAUCUAUCUGAAGUUGUGCUCUAAGGAAGGGAAAUGGAAGAUACAGUGCAGUUUCUUAGUUUCCUCAACAUUAAUUAAUUUCUGGUUACUUUAGCAUCUAGGAAGAGAUGCUAUUCUAUGCUGUUAAUUAUUUCUACUGAUUUUUUUUUCUAUGUUUCAAAUGAGAAAUCUCAUAGAGAUUUGCUAUCAAAUGAAAGAGAUAGAGAAGGGUGCUAAUAUGUAUUAUAUUGUUAAUCCAAGUUUUUUCUUGUAUUGAUGCAAGAUUAAUACAGUGUAGUAUACCAAGUGUUGUAUAAAUUUCUUUGUUAUUGAAUGGACUAAAAAUUAAGUAUA